AUGUACAUAUAUAUAGUGUUUAACGUGUCCGAAAUCGCUUCCGCCGAAUCCAGUCACCUGCAAAUUGCCCUUACUUUUAGUUUUAGACUUCUGCGUCAUUGCAAUGAACACAUAUUUCUCCAGCACUCUGCUUAUCUUCGCAACGGUCUUCAUUGGUAUGCUAUUUUGGCAAUAUGUCUGUUAGAUAUUACAUCUGCUGUUACGAUGAAUCUUAAACAUUUUUCAAAUGGUCUUGUAGCCUGCAGUGCAACCGAAAAUACUACCAGCACAGAUAAGGUCGACAUCAACGCCACAAGUCCAGCUGUAACGGAUGCCAACACCACAGAUGCAAACACUACUACCACAGCCAACGCCACAGAUGUAACCACUACUACCGCAACUAACGACACAGAUGCAAACACUACUACCGCAGUCAACGCUACAGAUGUAACCACUACUACCGCAGCCAACGCCACAGAUGCAACCCCUACUACCGCAAUCAACGCUACAGAUGCAACCCCUACUACCGCAGCCAACGCCACAGAUGCAACCACUACUACCGAAAAAGAUGCAAGCAAGGAUGAAUCUGGGAACUCUGGUGCUUCGGCUUCACUGGUGGCCCAGUGUUGCUUUAUUUCCAUUCCUCUGGCCCUACUCGCCAACUUCUAA